CUCCCUCCCUUCUCUCUCCCUUCCUCUCUUUCUCUCCCCCCUCUCCCUUCCUCUAUGUCUAUUUCCUUUCCCUCUCCCUCCCUCCCUCUCUUCUCUCCCCUUCUGUCCCCCUUCUUUACCCUGAGUGAUUGCCCCAAAAGUGAUAGUCUCUACGCCAAUUUUAUCCACUGCCGUUUCUUCUUUCUCCUUUCUCUCCCCCUCUAUCUUUACCCUCUCUUCCUCUCCCUCCCUCCCUUCCUCCUCUCCUCCCCACUUGUCCACACAGAUCUUACAUGCAGGUGAAGGCACUGCAGCGAGGGGCAGAAACCACCAAUACUAUCGCGGAUCCGGAAGUCCCAAGUCUGACUCUCAUUACAGAGGAGACGACCACGUUCCAAAACCGGUAUCUCUAUCGGAGCUGAAGGAAGCGCUGCAGAACCUCCUACUGGAGCGCAGUGAGCGGGCCUCGCAGCUGGAAGACAUGAAGAGAGUCACCGAGGCCGCCAAGAGAGAAAGAGUUUUGGCCAUCGAUGAAAAAGACAAACUAUUGAGCAAGUACCACCUGACAAAGGUAGCUCUAGAGAGGAAAGAGUCUGUCAUGGCCGAACUGGAGGACGAGAGGGAGAAACUCAUUGCCAAGUGUCGGGAACAGGAGGACUCGGUGGCAGCUCUGAAACAGGUGAAUGAGGAGGCGAGACAGACGAGGCUCAUGGCCCUGGACGAGAGAACAAAAGUGAUAGAGGAGAGAAACCAGCUGCAACUGGAGCUCAGCGAACUGCAGAGUGAGAGAGACAAACUCUUCGAGGAAAAGGUGCAGCUGAAAGGCUCUCUGCAGGAGCUGUUCUCAGAGAGACGACAGCUCCAACAGGACAUGGAGAACACCCGAACCAAGUGUCUCAGAUUCGAGACACUUGCCAAGCAAUUCAAAGAGCAAAACGAAGUCCUCUGCGAGAGGGAUAUGGAGAGUCAUAUGGUGACGAUGGAGCGGGGGAGCCAGGCACAGCCCUGGGGGUUCAGCAUCGAGGGAGGGCAGGGCUCCGAGUACUUCUCCAAAGACAGCUCAAUCGUGGUGACUGGAAUUGCCAACGGCAGCCCGCUGACGGAAUGCUCAGGUUUGGCGAUCGUCUUCUGUCGGUAAACGGACAAGAUUUUCGCUGCAUCUCUCGCAAGAAGGCAGCCGAGGUUCUCAGGUCAUGUGACCAACUCUCCGUCACCAUGGAGAUCUCCAGGAUUGUCUCGAAACUAAAACCAAGAGCCGUGGAGGUCCACAUUAGGGGGAAGAAGACAUUCGGAUUUCAGUACGAGACAAAGUUGUUUGUGUCGGCCGUCGAAGAGGGAAGUGCAGCUGCAGAGUACCUGUUGCCUGGAGACGAAAUAGUCCAGGUGUUGGGGAAGCCGGCCGUCAAUUUAAAGCUGUCCCACUUCAAGCAGAUCAUCAAGUCGUGUCGUGGCGGCAUCUCCAUGGUAAUCCACCGUAUGCCUGGCAACCGUCGCCCCCAGCAACGACGUGGCAGUGCGAGUGGCUCAGGCCCCUCCCUCGCCCAAUCUACCCUCACCCUACGAGGCAUCAGGGAGGGAGGUGGGGGCUCCAUGUCUGAUUUCGCCCACUACCCCUCAUCCCUCCAAACUCCAGGGACACCAGGUUCUAAUCUAUCAGAGACGACUGGUUAUUACUCCACACAGUCCACCUCCCUCCCCAGCGUAUGCUCGGCCGCAAUCUCCCCGAGCACCCUCGAAAUCAAAGCAGGUAUGACCGGUAUCCCGACAAGUUUCGGCCGUCGCACCUCCCCCUCGCUCAAUUUGAAGUCGGUUCCUUCGCAGACUUCGACCUCGCAGCACAGCGGGUACGAGACCGACCAGGCUAGCUUCGACGUCCACCAUUUGCACUUCCGAGACAGCUCCGUGAGUAGCUCCACAGCCAAUACUAACCCAUACUCUUCGUCAUCCCUCUCCUCACGUGCACUCGGGGACAUCUCCAAUCCCUACACCCGACCCCUCUAUUUCACGGGGGGAAUCGGCGGGGUCAACGGAAAUUCCAGUCGAACCCGUAUGUCCAGUCAGUCUAGUUACGGCGGAAGCAGCCAGUUGAGUAGCAGCAUCCUGAGUCCAAAAUCAGAUGCAACGGCUAGUUCGUCUUCGCGGUUUGGAUACACCUCGAGAAACAACCACCACCAGCUUCCUUCUCCUUCCCCCUUUUCCGUUUCCGUCCCACGCAACAGUUUCAGCGUCGACCGCUUGGAGAGUAGUCGGCCGCCGCACCCGCGCAUGUCAGGUGACAGUCACGUGACUUCUUCCUCGUCCAUGUUAGCCGGAGGCUCCCACUCUAUGAGCACUAGUAACAUGUACCGGAACGAGAUGAGCAAGCGAACAAACGUCUAAAUCCGACAGAAGGAGUCUCAUUCUAUUGUGUGUGUAUGUCUAUGGUGUACGUACGUACGGCAUAUGUGAAAGUGAAAAUCAACCACUCACUGCAGGCAAAUACUUAUCAUGAUCUUCUUUCAUUCGCACAAUUGCUUUGGCCUUUGUUUAAUGUGUCUCCAUACAUGUUGCUAUAGCUGUAUGUUUUAGUUCCUGAUUAAAUUCUCCCUAUCAUUGCUUUGUGUUAUUUUGACUCCGCCCUACUCUAAUACAGGGUCAGAAUACGUAAUUAACAAUCUGCAGCUAUGCUGAAAAUGUGAUGGAAUUCUCGUACAAUGAAUGUCGAUUUACCACGAUUAUACUUCUGGAUGG